UCACAACCCCGAGAUCAAGAGUCACACACUCCUCCGACUGAGCCAGCCAGGUGCCCCUGGAAGGUGAGUUUCAGUUGAGAUCAUCUAUAUCGAUGUGCCUACAAGGUGGCACCUGGUACUUAGUUGGCCCUCAACACCAUUUCCUUUUGUCCAAAACAAGGUGUCUUUAGUCUUUAUGUGGCCUCUUGGUGUGUAGACUCCCUAGAUCUUCUCCAUCCUUCUCUACAGUGGGCAGUCUUCAAGAGGAGCCCUGCUUGUCCCUGUGCCCAAUGUGGAUCCAGGAAUUUAUACAGAAAAGGAGCAAGAACCUCUGCUCUCACAUUAAGUCCUGGGUGCUUCUCUCUCCAAAAUAUCUCCCGCAGUUAAGAGCCUCCGACUCUGCCUGAUUCCUCGGUCCUGCCUUAGUAGCUCCCACCAGGACGGUGGCAAGCCAGGCCAAAUGGGGCCUUCCCAGCCCAGGGCCAAAGGGCUAGGCUGCACCUCAGCCCAGCCUGCCCUCCCAUUUCCUGCUUAUGGGAAGAGGGCUCAGCACCUUUUCACCUCAGUAGUUAAUCAUCCUUCCUGUGCAAUGUCAGCAUCAUUGACAGUACAUCAUUACCAUUUAGGCAAAAUGUCCACAGAUUCCUUUCCAGCCUUCUGUUUAGUCACUUUCUUCCAAAUGAAAUGGUUUGCUGUCCAUUGGCCUUUGUAUUCCCUUGGAGCCUAAGUUCUUCUUAUUUCUCCAAACUGAACUAUGUAUAGGCAGAAAGCAUAGACACAAAGCUAUCAGUUUGCCGUGCAAACAGACUGCCAGAGUAAUUUUCCGAAAACAUUGGAAGGUAAUUCACUCCUCUAGACUGAUUUGGAGCUCCCCAAUGUGCAGGAUGAAGCUGUCCAAUAUCUGGUGCCAACAUAUCCUUUCGAUCCUUCAGUUUUACCCUAACAGUAUUUUGUACUGCAUCAGAAAGUGUCCUCAUUCCCUCCACACUCAGAACUUUCCUGAAUUCCUGGCUUUGUACCAGAGAUCUUUAUGGCCAUGGAAUUCAGCUGUUUAUUCAACAGAUGUACAUUGAGCACCACUGCCCUCCCUAAAUCCUACCCAUUCAUAAACCAAACUCAUUUCCCACCUGAUGCAUCAAUCUGGAAAGUCAUUCAGAGGGACUCUGUCUUACUUAUUUUGGCAAUCUUGACAUUCCACCUGCUCCCCCAGUAGUUUGUUCAAUAAACCGUCACUGUGCUUGGGACAGAGUAGAACUCAAUGUUUACUGCAGUUGUGUGUGUGUUUCCUACCUCCUCUGUUCAAAGUCAUCGUCCUUGGAAUCUCUUGCUACCUAGGUUAUCUUGUGAAUUCCUGACAUGUUGUCUUCACUCCUUGCAGGCUUUGGGGUAGCGUUUUGCCCAUAGCAGGUGCUUUAAAAUUUUUGAUUAAUGGGUUGGAGAGAUACGUAUGUAACCAGCUUUAGUAUGUAGCAAAUGGCAUAUUUCCGACCCUCAGAUCCCCUGGGAGAUGACCCUGAGCUGGUGAAACCCUGCACACUUACACAGGAGUGGCAGCCGAGGGAGUGGGGGCUGACUGGUUCCAACAGCAAUUUUCCUAUACCUUUCACAUACAUGCUUGCAGCACUGUUAUCAGUUGUAAAUGCGUAUGCCUCACUCAGCUAUGAACUCCAUUCAGAGCAUGGUGCAUGACUUAUUUCCAAACUGGCAAGCGCUACGCUUAGUACAUUGGACAGAUGUGUCAUGUAAAAUAAGAUUGAACCUGAGAAGAGGCCAGGAGCUCAGACUGUGACAAGCGAAUUCGGAGAGUGUGGGGGGAAGGGAGCCGAGUUCAGCAGUUUGAAUAAAAGCCCGGUCAGCCCCGGGUUUAAAAUCUUUGUUCCUUCUCCUUACUAGCAGUAUCCCUCUGAGAGUUUCCUUAUCAGUAGAACCGGAUGACGACCAUCACUCCAUACAAUGGUAGCAAAGAAAAAAAGAUGUGUUAAGAGGGGAACAGUGCCGGCGCGCAGGAAACGCCAACGUUAAUUUCCCUCCCAAAAGGGCACCAAGGAAGUUGUCCCAAUUCUGAGAAAGCCACCCGGGGUAAUCUCAGCCCCGGGUUGGCCGGAGCGGCUCCGUCACUCAAAUCCUUCCCUCCGUCAGCGAGGCAGCCCCUGCCAGAGAGCAGAGGCCCGUCACUGACACCAGGGCAGCUCGCAGCCGCCGCCCGCCGCGGAUCUGGCCGCAGGCACCCGGCACGGAAGGUCGGCUUCCUGCCCUUACGCUUCCGUCGGCUUCGUUCAAACAAGCCGCUUUCGCCAGCACCCAAUCAGAACGCCCGAUCUUCGGCCGCCGCCCAAUGAGCGCGUGUAAUGGGGGAAAAAAAAGGGCGUGAAGCCCAAUCGCAGCGCCAUCACACUUGAGGGCAAAGAGGUUAGGAAGCCGGCAUGGCGCUCCGGUCAAUAAAAUCGAUAGCUGGAAGCUGCCUGUGUUCCAGGCUAAGGCGGUGCGGUAGCGGCGCCGCCAUCUUCCCCGAAGGCAUCUUCCGGUGCCUUUCACCGAAGUUCGGGCAGGAGUUUCCUGAAUAACAGCAAAAGGUUUCCGUUAGCCCCGCAAGGCGGCUGAUUCCGAUUCCCUCAGGGCCUCCCCAGGCACGCUCAGCUCCGGGCCGGCGGGGGUUCCCAAAUCGCGGGGUCCGCCGGGGGUCCAGGCCGGGACGGGGAAGGCCGUGGCGCCGGCUCCUGGGGUCCAAUGGCGCCACCUUCGGCUCCGCUCUCCGCGCGGGGACCAGGAGAGGCCGGACCCGGCCGGAGAAGGGGAAGGAGGCCGAGGGCGGUGAAGUUCGCGGACGUGGCCGUGUACUUCUCCCCGGAGGAGUGGGGCUGUCUGCGGCCCGCGCAGAGGGCCCUGUACCGGGACGUGAUGCGGGAGACCUACGGCCACCUGGGCGCGCUCGGGUGCGCAGGUCCCAAACCAGCCCUCAUCUCCUGGUUGGAACGAAAUACCGAUGAUUGGGAACCGGCCGCCCUGGAUCCGCAGGAGUGCCCAAGGGGGUUAACAGUCCAAAGAAAAACCAGAACCAGAAAGAAGGACGGAGAGAAGGAAGUGUUCCCACCUAAGGAGGCGCCCCGAAAGGGCAAGCGAGGCCGGCGGCCCAGCAAACCCCGCCUGAUCCCCAGGCAGACUUCUGGGGGCCCCAUCUGCCCUGACUGUGGUUGCACCUUCCCUGAUCGGCUGGCCCUGGAGAGCCACAAGUGUGCCCAGAAUCUGAAAAAGCCUUACCCCUGCCCAGACUGCGGCCGCCGCUUUUCCUACCCCUCCCUGCUGGUCAGUCACCGGCGGGCACACUCUGGCGAGUGUCCCUAUGUCUGUGACCAGUGUGGCAAACGUUUCUCCCAGCGCAAGAACCUCUCGCAGCACCAGGUCAUCCACACAGGCGAGAAGCCCUACCACUGCCCUGACUGUGGCCGCUGCUUCCGGAGGAGCCGGUCCCUGGCCAAUCACCGGACCACGCACACCGGCGAAAAACCCCACCAGUGCCCCAGCUGCGGGCGGCGCUUUGCCUACCCCUCCCUGCUAGCCAUCCACCAGCGCACGCACACGGGCGAGAAGCCCUACACCUGCUUGGAAUGCAACCGCCGCUUCCGACAGCGCACCGCCCUGGUCAUCCACCAGCGCAUCCACACGGGCGAGAAGCCCUACCCGUGUCCAGACUGCGAGCGGCGCUUCUCCUCGUCCUCUCGCCUGGUCAGCCACCGGCGGGUGCACUCCGGGGAGCGCCCCUACGCCUGCGAGCACUGCGAGGCCCGCUUCUCCCAGCGCAGCACGCUGCUCCAGCACCAGCUCUUGCACACGGGGGAGAAGCCCUACCCGUGCCCGGACUGCGGCCGUGCCUUCCGGCGGAGCGGCUCACUGGCCAUCCACCGCAGCACGCACACCGAGGAGAAGCUGCACGCCUGCGACGACUGUGGCCGCCGCUUCGCCUACCCCUCGCUCCUGGCCAGUCACCGGCGCGUGCACUCAGGCGAGCGGCCCUACGCGUGCGACCUGUGCUCCAAACGCUUCGCCCAGUGGAGCCACCUGGCGCAGCACCAGCUCCUGCACACCGGGGAGAAGCCCUUCCCCUGCCUGGAGUGUGGCCGUUGCUUCCGCCAGAGGUGGUCUCUGGCCGUCCACAAGUGUAGCCCCAGGGCCGCUAUAGGGGGCGCCGGCCAGAAGGGCAGUGCCCUUUAGUACGGGAAGGACGGUAGAUUCUCACUUCACUUCGUGGAGGGGUCCAGGGAAGAAGCCCCGGGUCGUACAAGGCAGAGUCCGCAGGAAAACCCAGGUCUCCUGCUACGGGGACCUGAACUUUAGUAUAUUUCACCACACCGGCGGCCGUACUGCUUGUGUCUAGAACGGACAGUCCCAUUAGGACAGGGGACAUCGCGUGGCUCUUUUCCAGGCUACCCUAUCCUGAAAGAAUUUGUGUGUGUGGAUAUCAGGGCUAAGAGUUCUCCCAUCUAUCUUAGGGGCUGUUUGCUUUUCUAGUUUGUGCAUACAGGGAUCACCUGUCCCCUUGUAUACAGUCCGGAGAAUCCCAUUUGUGGGGGGCAGUAUCUUGCCCUACUCUGCCCCUUCCUCCAUACCAGCGUUAAACAAACCUGGUUUAGCCCCUUUUUUUCAACACUCCUGCCAAGUGGUUUUUUUACCCUUGCUUUAAAAACCUCCCUUGACAGGGAGCUCACUACCUCACAAGGCAGGUCAUUUCACUGUGGGAUAGCUCUGAUUUUUAGAAGGUGGUUAAGUACUACCUUCUCCUUCCCUAGAAGUCUUGCCCAGAGUAUAUAAUACUUCAUCUACAUGACAGCAUUUCAGAUAACCACAGCUGCUUUGCCCGUGUUUUCAGGUUAAACAGCAUUAUUUGGUCAAUCAUUCCUUAAAGACAGGGUUUCAGUCCCCACACGUGCUUUCUCUCCAAUGUUCCUUUUAAAGGGUCAUGCAAAAAUAAGCCAGCACCACAGUGUGCACGGUACACCUUGGUCUCUACUUGUUUUGACAGCUCUAGAUUGCACUGAAUUUGGGGGUGGUGACACUGUAGCAGGGCUUCAUUGGGUGGCAGACACAUAACAUACCUAAGCCUUUUUUUUUUUUUUUAAACCACAUACUGUGAAGUUAAGUCUUCUGCCCCCUGUGUUUGGAAAAUUGAUUCAAGUUGGGUCUGGGACAUAGGCAAAGUGAGCUUUGGGAAAAGACUGAUUUUAAGGAGAAGGAGGGGAGCUGUGGUCUAGCAGCAAGAGUAAAACUGGCACUAGUCUGUACUUCAUCCAGUGGAUUUGGAUUAGUUCCAGGCAGCCAGUGGCUAGAAAAUCCUUGAGAACUGGGCCUCACUCCUCCCUGAUUCUCAACCGAAUAAGGAGACAUCAGCACAGAACCUUCCAUGAGUCCUCAGUCAACAUUUUUCAUAAAGUGAGAUGAGGCCGUUCAAGGAGGGUAGAAAGUUAAGUAAUUGAAUACAGGGCAGGAAGGAGUCUACAGUCAUCAAGUUGUGUUCAUGCCUGCCUUCCUUACAGAAGCUCCCAGAGCAGUGGCGGCAAUGUGUCUUAAUCUUUGAUAUGCCUCCCUGGCACCCACCCCCGAGUAGAUGCUCAGUAAAGCUUUACUGCAUUCAAUGAACAAGGCCCACCACUUUGCCUUGGGUAGCUGCACCAAAUUGGAAUUUUCAGACAUGACUUCUCUCCUAUUCAACAGCUGGAGUGGGUCAUGUUCCUACCCCUGUUGCUUGUUUCUUCAGCUCUCCCAAUCUCAGCCCCAAAGUGGGAGAGCAGCUGGGGAACACAGUGUUUGUAAUUACCUCUGUGGUAUUUAGCAAGUUGCAUUGUAACUGUUGGUCUGUUUCUCCUUGGAUGAAUGGAUGAGCUGCCCCAACACCGACCGGGGUCAUACCAGAUUGGGUCUCAUUAAAAUGUCGAUAAAUGAUAUUCCUUGUUGAAUCACUGUUUAUAAAACAUAAGUCUAGGUCCUUGACUGGGUAAAAAUUUUUAGUUCUGAUGGAGACCUGCCUUCUAACAGCUAUUCGAAUGUCUGCCUAGCUCUGCAUUAGAGCUGGCUAUUCUACUUUUAUCACCAGGCUGAUCCAACUCUUUAUCUAGGAAUUUUGUAACUUUCUUUGGGCCUGGAUUGUAACUCCUAAGACUUGGAGGCCAAGUUCCAGUGUGUGUGCAGUCAGUGGAGGGCCAAGAUGAUCGACAACUUCCUAGGUCCCCUAAGGCACGUCAGUCCCAGCAUCCAUUCCUGACCAGUUGUGAUCCUGGCCCUGUUUUCAGCGGGAGAUCCCAGUAUCCUUCCAAUUUGUUCCCCCUUCUGUUUCAGGUAGUUUGUUUCUGUUACUUGCAACCCAAAGAAUAAACUAAUCCACCAUCCCAGUAUGGAUUUAUUGCCCAUAAGCUUUGAAGAGGGGAAAAUUGCAGUGCUGCUGAGAGGAGCCAGCACGACCCCUUUCCUGAUCUCCAACCUCAGUGAGCCUUCACCUUCAGUAUGACUUAAGUCUUCCCUACAUCCUUAACCAGUGAAUACCUUCUCUUCCACUAAAACCCAAGGUUUCAAAUAGGAAUUCAACAUUCCACUCCCCACUGACUCCACGUUUACCAGUACUUAGGUGUGACGCUCACCAACAUAGCUGUGCUUGAUUUCAUCUACUGCCCUCUCGGGGACUUUGCUACAUCUGUUAUUCUUUCUCUCCUCUUAGUUUUAUGGUUUCAGAGUCCCUCUCCUAUCUGGAACACAUACAUGCCAAUCUAAAAUCUGUCUUUUUUAAAGAUUUUAUUUUUAAGUAAUCUCUACACCCCACAUGGGGCUCGAACUCGCAGCCCCAAGAUCAAGAGUCGCAUGCUCUACUAACUGAGCCCGCCAGGCGCCCCUCAGCUAAAUUUCUUGAAACAGUAGCUUACAUUCACUGUAUUCUUUGGCCUACUGCAACAGCAUUUAUGAUGGGCCAGGUACUGUGUCUUAACACUUUAUAUGCAUUCCAAUGUGAUGUGUAUGAGAACCCCACAAAGUAGUUGUUUGGAGAUACGCUUCCAUGUGUCUCUCGCAUUGCCCCAUAUCUUGCUGAGUAUGCCAAAAAUGGCAAGGCCUUGCCUUCAACAAAUUGUCAGAUGAGCUGAUUCCAGACCUAGAGCCUUUUGAGUGAGGAAAGGUUGAGUCCCUUGAUGAAGGACUAUGUUAUAUUGGCAAAAAUGUGCUGAAUAUCUUCCUUUUAGCCUUUUCCAAAGGUACCAUUUCCCAGGGUGGCAGGAUACAGGAAAAGGGAAAGUAACUAGAGUUGUCAGGUAUUACUGGACAUUGGAUCUAGACACAUUCUAAUUCUUGGAGAUCCAAAACAUCACUGUAGUUCACCAGGCCGCGGACUCAUGAAGAUCAGGCAUGUACAGAAAAGGGUUAACUCAGCAGGCCUAGGUUGCUCAAACCCUGCACAUUCCAAAGAAAGCUCAUCUUCAGGACUAGCACUUGGCUCAUUCCUGGGAGAUAAAUUCCGAGCCCUUGUAAUAUUUUGCCUGAUUAGUGUGUUUUCAUAUGCUGGAGGCCUCGAGCCAUGCUGUACCAGUCUGACCAGAUGAGUUUAUCCUAACAAUGUGGUUUAUGAUGAAUGCCUGUUUUUGCUCUGGGAGACAGUCUGAGUAGCUGAGAUCAGUCAUGUGAGUACUCCAUGUCUGUGUAACUGACUCCCCAAUAAAAACCCCAGACACCAGGCUUUGGGUGAGUUUCUCCAGUUGGCAACAGUUCACACAUACUGUCACAAGUCAUUGUUGGGAGAAUAAAGUGCAUCCCUGUGCAACUCCACUGGACAAGGACACCUGGAAGUUUGUAAGUUCGUGCAUGUCUGGUUUCUCCUAGACUUUGCUCCAUGCCCCUUUUUCCUUUGCUGAUUUUAAUCUGUAUCCUUUUCCUUUAAUAAGCUAUAACCUAGAGCAUAGAAAGAAAGAAAGGAAAAAAAAAAAAAAAAGACAAGGCCCUGACGCCUCGUUUACUCUUCUCAGCCAUUUCUUAGGGUUGUGUUUGUGUUAAGCAACCAUGAGGGAGAAGUAGUGUCUCUAUGUGGGACAAAGAGCAGCUUGCUUACUACUUACCACAAAGCACCAGGUUCUCCAAGUUCAUUGUUCCUCCCCCAUAGUGCAACUCACUGUGUGCCUAGCAUCCAUCGGCCCCUUCCAUGUUGCCUCUGCGGGGCUUAGGAGGCAAAAGAGCUGAUACAUACAUGAUGCUCAGGUGGUUUGUUCCAUGAAUAAGGUCCUUCGUCUAUGACAUUGGAGUCUCUUGUCUUCGGCCGGCAUCCAUGAAACAAUGGGUAACCUUAAAUUACACACCUGACAGUAGGUAUUAUUUCCCUUUAACAGAGGAGGGAACUGAGGCUCACUGAUAAUAUUAAAUAACAUGUCCAGGAUCACAUAUCUGGUAAACCUAAGGGCCAGGAUUCCAAGGCAGGUCUGACUCCAAAGCUGGCUGCAAUACAAGGUACUACUCCACUGAAACUCAUGACUUAGUUAGCAAAUCGGUAAUUUAAUUUUUACCUUAUUUAUCUUAGUUUUCCUACUGAAGCUCUCUCAUAACUUAGCUUUCAUGCACUAUUUUCUUCUAGUGUUCCUGGUGCCUCUUGUGGUUGUUUCUAGUGUGUACAUGUAGGAAUUCCUUCUCAGCGUCUCUUGGGAAAUGAAUACAUUAACCCAAGUUCCAAGAACUGGGAACAUGCAAAAAAAAAAAAAAAAAAAAGUACCAUAAUUGUCCUGUGAAUUAAAGCCUAACAACAAACACAGAGAAGGGGCACCUGGGUGGCUCAGUCAGUUAAGCAUCUGUCUUCAGCUCAGGUCAUGGUCCCAGGGUUGUGGGAUCAAGCCCCGCAUCGGGCUCCUUUCUUGG